CCUGUCAAAAAUGAGACGGCUGCCGGUGUGGCUGCACACGUCUCCGUACCCAGCCAUCGUUUACUCAAUGAUAUCCUCGUAAUUCCGUCCAGUCGACGCCUCUACAUCCUUGCAAUCAUUCCCAUACAUGAAUCGGCUGAUAACCAGGGAUUCGAAUGUGGUCGUGUGGAUCUCAACGGAUUCCUCAGGCUAGGCGCCUUUCUUGAUGCACUUAAUAAGGUGAAUUCACAGCGGGUUCUGAAGGAUACUGGCCUGUCACUGGGAGCUGUGAUAAUCGAUAGUUGCUCCUCUGACCUGAGAACUGUUGCCGAUCUGUCAGAUGUUGUAGCGAUAGUACGUGACGACGGUGCUUACCUCCCAAAUGUAGAUCAACUCGCCAGGCAUUUGAACCUUCCUGUUAUGAACACAUUUUUCUCCACCACUGUGCAGCCUUUAACUACUGGAACGUUGCCAUCGAUCGCCUCAGUCCUUGACGCAAUGAUAGGCGUUGUGCAGCACACGAACAGCACUUGUGUUAGUGUGCUUCAUGAUGAGCUUCAUGAGCAGUAA